GGCAACAGUUGCCAAAAUUUAUACUGCAAAGAAUGUAUACAGAAGUAUAUAGCUAAAAAAAUCAACUAUGAUAUUCAUGAAGUUAAGUGCCCUAUUGUGAACUGUAAAGGAACAGUGGAUCUUGAAUUAUUGUUGCCAUAUGAUGUUCUUGAUCGUGUAGAAAAUGCUAAUCGAGAAGCUAAAGUUCUAGCUUUGAUAUAUAUUAUGGAUUGCACAGGAAAAUUGGUUGAUGAUGGAAAGGGAUAUUUGAUUAGGGCCUGCCCCAAUUGUUGGAGAAUUUUUUGUGUGAGAUGCCGAGCUGCUUGGCAUUGUGGAAUAACUUGUGAAGCUUACAAGCAUAUGCUAAAUCAGAUAAAUUUCCCUGUCCAAUGA